AUGGCCUCCGCCGACACCGACGCCUCCCGCAAAGCCUUCAUAAUCACACACAUGAACAAUGACCACGCGCGCUCUCUAUCCCUCUAUCUGCGCGCCUUCUGCGGCCUCUCAGAACGAGCCUCCCAAUCGCCCAAGCUCGAAGACCUCCGGCUCACGGACUUGGUGAUCUCCGCGCAAGGAUCCCGCUACACAAUCCCCUUCGACCCGCCUCUGCAGUCCUACGCCGAGACCCGCGCGCGCGUCGUCGCAAUGCACAAGGACGCCCUGGAGAAACUUGAUCUCUCCGAUUUCAAGCUCACAAAGUACUCCCCGCCGAAGGGUGGGGAGUGGAUAGGCUUCACGCUGUGCCUUGUUGUUCUAGUAGGGUAUGCUCGGCGGGGGAAUUUCGAGCCCGGCUCGUUAGUAUACGACACUCUUGGGCUGGACAAGUACCCCGGCUUUGUUUCGUGGAGUUGCAAGUGGCAGCCGUGGCUUUGGGGGGUUUUGGCUGCGGCGCAUGGCUUUGAGGCGGUGGUUUUGUUGGGGUAUAUGAGGCUGCGGAAGUAUGGAGUUAAGGCUUUCUCGGGCCUUUGGUGGACGUGGAUGGUUCUUGGGUUUGUGGAGGGGUUUCCGGCUUGGAAGAGAGUUGAUGGUAUGGUUCGGAAGGCUGAAGAGGAAACGAAAGCGAAGAGUGGUUAA